AUGACUCCAGCCCGAGUUCCGCAGACGGCGAGUAUUGUUAGACCCAAUGUGGAAGCUAACAACUUUGAGCUCAAGCCAGCACUGCUGCAACUGAUUCAAAAAGAUCAGUUCGCUGGAGGAAGCACCGAAGACCCCUACAGUCAUCUAGAAAAUUUCUUGCUCUACUGUGACACCUUGAAGAUGAAUGGAGUCUCACGUGACGCCAUCUUGCUCAGACUCUUCCCAUGCUCACUGAAGGAAGAAGCAAGAGGGUGGUUGCGGUCACUGCCUCAAGGAACCAUCACCAACUGGGAUGAUUUGGCGACCAAGUUCUUAGCCAGAUUCUUCUCAGCUUCAAAGAUGGCAAGGCUCAAAGGAGAGAUCACUGCUUUUGAACAAAAAGAAAGUGAAUCCUUGUACGAGGCAUGUGAAAGGUUUAAAGGACUACUCCGGAAGUGUCCCCAACAUGGAAUUGAAGCUUGGGAGAAAGGACGAAUCUUCUUCCAAGGAAUGACGCCGAGCACAAGAACCUUUGUGAAUGCUGCAGGAGGGGGAUCAUUGAAAACAAAAACUCCAAAGGAAGCACUGGAAUUGCUGGAAUCUUUAGACUCUCAGGAGUUCGAUAAUUCUCCCGUCUCACAAAGGAGAGCGAGAAUCAUGAAGCUUGACGACUACGAUGCGUUGUUGGCUCAGAAUGAACAAAUAUUGCAAAUAAAUAAGAAAACAAGCACAAUUAGAUGCUCUUACAAAGUACUCACUCAUGCUACUGAAUAUUGCGAUUUCAUGAAGGCACUUGAAAAUGCAGAAGUCAACAAAAUCUGGUAUGAUCAAAAGAACUAUAAUAAUCUGGGGAGGAACCAAUAUGGAAAUAACUACAAUCCAGGGAGGAAAAAUCAAAAUCAACACCCAGGAGAUGAAACAAGAGCUUUAUUCCGAAACCAAGAAGCUUCUAUCCGGAAUCUUGAAACUCAGAUUGGCCAGUUGUCACGGCAGUUUGCUGAAAGAACUCAGGGCACCUUCCCGGGAAACACUAUCAUUAAUCCUAGAGAGCACUGCAAUGCAAUUACCACAAGAAGUGGGACAGUGAUUCAGCCUAUAGAGAAGCAUCUCGAAGAAAAGAAAAGGAAUGGAGAAGCACCCGUUGAAAAAGAGAAGAAAGAAAAGGCAAAAGAUAAUAUUGAAGUUGACAAGAGCAAUCCUGAAAAAGUUGAAAGGAAACUGUUUAAGUGGGAGAAGAAGAAAGCUUUAGAAAGGCAAGACAAGCCCUUAGAUUUCUCCCCAUAUGCUCGAAUUCCUUAUCUUCAGAUAUUAAAGAAAGAGAUUCAGAAGCAGCAGUUCAUGAAGGAUCUGUCAUCAAGGAAGCGUAAGUUGCGGGAAUGUGAGACAAUAAAUCUGAUGGAGGAAUGUAAUGCUAUCAUCCAAAAGAAGUUACCUACCAAAGUCAAGGAUCCAGGGAGCUUCAGUAUUCCAUGCACUAUAGGAAAAGUGGAAGUGGAUAACAAGCUGGGGAUUACUGAAGUGAAGCCCACAAGGACGAUAGUGCAACUGGCUGACCGCUCUUCAAAGCAAGCUUGUGGCAUCAUUGAGAAUAUACUGGUAAAGGUAGACAAAUUCAUCAUCCCUGUUGAUUUUUUCAUCCUUGAUAUAAAGGAAGAUGCCACAAUUUCAAUGAUCUUCGGAAGACCCUUCUUGGCAACUUCAGGAGCGCUGAUUGAUGUACUUAAAGGUGAGUUGAUCUUACGGGUAGACGAAGAACAAGCAGUAUUCAAGUUCUUGGACAAAGAAGUUUCCCCACAUGUAGCUCAAUUGAAAGAUCAAGUCUUCUAUAUCGGUGAAAGGAAAGGUGAAGAAGAGCACAAUGAGGAGUCUUAUCAAGAAAGUAAGCCAAAAGUUAAGAUGGAGAAGCCCAGUAGCAAAGGAAAGCAUGUAAAAGUCAAGUUCAAAGUUCCUGAGACUACUUUACCUCAUCCAUAUGCAGAAGAGCACUAUGGUAGGACACAAUUUCUGAAUGAUGGAGCUUGGUCAUCACCAAGAUCAUGCUUUGAGCCACCAUGA